AUGGAGAUCACGGCCUUGAGCAGAUACAUCAGCCCAGUGAAACCUGCUGUCAUCCCCCAUCUGACCAUGGUUCUGUUGGCCCUUGGUAUGUUCUUUGCCCCCUGGUUCUUCAUUUAUGAGGUUACCUCCACCAAGUACACUCAGGGUAUCUGUGAAGAGCUCCUCAUCUCCUUGGGGGCCGCGCUCCUCAUGUGCUUUGGAGUCCUCUUUCUGCUGCUUUGA